AUGGCUUAUAGAAACGUUGUUCAUCCAGCUACUUAUGACAUAGAAUACUACAAACCACCGACUAACCGAGUCAUACGAACGGAAACAUACGAUACUUAUCGACGACGAAGUUCAUGGAGUGAUAUGUGUUUUGGUUGUGGCACUUGGUGUUGUUUACUUGGUCUUCUUGGCUGUUUACUUCUGACAGCUGGAUUGAUUGUAGCAUUGGUUUUCAUCAUUAGAGCUGCUAAUAACGACGAGACAACAACAACAACAACAAACGUAAUUACUUUGACAAUAACUAUACCAACAUUGACAACAACUGUUACAACGACUACAACAUCAACUGUGACUACAAACGAAAUAACUGGAAAUCCACCUGUAACUGCUGCUACAAGUUCAUGUUAUUAUGGCGCAGAUAUCGUUCGUUUACUCAAUGGAAAUUACCGACGCAUUGAUCAAUUGAAAGUUGGUGAUCGUCUUUGGACGUUAGCAAAAGAUGGUAGAACAUUAAUUGAAGAUGAAAUGAUUCUAAUGAUGAUUGCAGAAGCAAAUGCUUCAAGUCUUUUCUAUACAUUGACAACCUUUGAUGGUUAUUCUAUUAGUUUAACCGGUCACCAUUAUAUUCCCGUAUUAAAUAUAAGUACAAACAAAAUAACUCAUCUUCGUGCUUCACAAGUCACACACUCACAUCAUCUUGUUCUAACCAAUCGUACGAGUAAAAUUGUUCAGAUUACGAAAACUCUUCGUCAAGGUUUUUAUUCACCAAUAACAAUCUCCGGUAGUUUACUUGUAAAUAACAUCUCAACAUCAGUUUACGUUGCACACUAUGGAUUGUCACCUGAAAUAUUCCACGAAAUCUUCCGACCCGUUCGAGUCUAUUAUCGUUUAACGUGCUGGCUAUUCGGAACGGAUUAUAAUCCAUUGACGACGGACAUCAAGUACGGUUUACAUUCACUGGAAACUUUCCUGAAAAUGAAUCAUACUAUCGUUUAUCCUGUGACUACAGUUCAAAAAAAUAUCUUGUGGAUAACUCUAACUUUGUUAGUUCUUUACGGACGUCGGAAGUAUCUUUAUUUGAGAAAAGCAUCGUCACUCGUGCUGAAAGAAGCAUAA